GUAUUUUGGAUAACUUUAAUAUUAAUGUCGAUAAUUUACUUUCAUGUAAUGCGCAUUUGAUCAUAUUUACAUGUAUUUUGCGCAAUAUAAAUAUUAAAUUAUUAUUAGUAUUGAAUUGGCAUGAACUUUCCAUAGAAAAAGCACAUGGAUUGGAUGGUACUUCUUAUCUAUGAGCAUAUGAACUCAUUUUUUGUGGAAAGUAAAUUAAUGUAGUUUAAAAUAAUAAUGCCUAAACAGCCUUCAACCAUGCAAAAACAUGCUCAUUGUGGAUGGUUGGGUGUCUUGUCUUGCCUUGCAUUUGUACACAGUCAGUUUCACUAGAGUUGGAACUAACUCUAUUGAACAACACAGCACGGUAGUCAACUCAAUACUUGUGUUGAAUUAUAAUCUUGUUUUUGUUGUUGAUGUUUAGAAGUGUAAAAAGUCUGGAGGGCAAACAUAUGUAUUAAAAACAGUUCCAGAUUUAUGCUAUGAGUGAGAUGAAGGACGCAUCCGAAACAUUUAGUACACAAGACAAAGAUUUUUUAAAGCUACAAAAACGAGUUGAACAUUUACAACAAGAAAACAAAGUUCUACAAGUCAGAGCCCAAGGAGUGCAAGUUCUAGGUAUAGUCACUUUGUUGAUUCUAAUUUGGAAAAGCUGAGCUUAUAAGGUUUUUGGUUCCUGGUGGUCAGAUCCCCCUCCCCCCCUGACUUUCCCAUGUGGGUGGUCACUUUACACUUUAAACCCUAACAUCAAAAUUCAAAUUCUCAUGUGAUAUACCUAUACGUUUUCAAUAGAGGGGAUGGGGAGAAUUUGUUGAAGUAUCAAUUAGAUUCAUUUAUAUAGUGUGAUCAUGUCCUUAAGGUGAUUCCCUGGUUUUGCACUGCGCAUCUCUUAUUGCGCAUAACAAGAUAUUAUUAGCCUCCGUAAAAAAGAGCAUGUGAAGUAAGAUUGUUAAAAUGAAGUUGACCGAAGAGAAACGCUAUUGAAAUUUUUGCUUGCGGUUGUUUCUUGCCAAGGUGAGACUCAAUGUGGUGGGAAUGUGCAUAACGUAAGCAGUACGCAUGUUUCUGAGUUCGACUUCCUCAUGGAGAACCUCGAUAGUGGAUGUUUAAUUUGUGCUUAUUCACUUUGUUUUCCUUUAAACGCCUGCUUUAUCACAUUGUGUCCUAAAUGUGAUAUCUCGAUGUAAAUUCUGUAAAAACGGAUUUUUUAAUACUUUCUUCCCCCUUUCGCAUACAUUCUAUUUUGAAACUUGCCCCAGUCCUCUCUCAAAAAUCAAGGAAAAUGCAUUUGGUGUGCACUUUCUGCAGCUCUACCGCAAAAACGGAUACAGUGACCCCCUUUUUUUAUUUCAUGAUUUUAAUAAGGACAGUGCUUCCUUUCGGUGAGAAAAAAAUUGGCACAAAUCUAUGUUCAGCUUUUUGGCAAUUUUACUAAAUUGUAUGGAUCACGUGUUGAAUAGGGCGUGUCCAAUUUAAUUCUACUUUGGAACCUAAAGUAAAAACAAGGGCAUUAAAAGGCAUUUUUCUAGUACAUAAGUGGAUAAACAAUACAUUAAAGUCAAAUUCUGUGCGAUACCACAUGCAUCAUUGAAAAAAUCUUUCCUUUUUGUCUAGUUUUGGGCUGCGCGGUUUUUGUCAAAGGGUCCAAAAUAGCCGUAUUUGUCAGCAUUGUGACGUCAAAACGAGCAUGGUGACCCCCACUUUUUAUUACCUUUUUAUCAUCUUCUUGACUUGUCACAUCAGUGUACCAAGUUUCAUCUACAAUCUAUGUUAGAUUCUUUUACUAGGGAAUCACCUUAAUUCUCAUGACCACUCUAUUUUGUAAAUCAGUGAUAUUACAAGGAGAAAAUUGAUGCUCAUCACUCUUAGGGCUUACAGGGUUAAAACUGUUCGUUAGGUUCAGCAAUUCCAAUGAAAAUUUUUAAAAAAGAAAAAAGAAUUACUCUACAUCAAGAAUAUUAUUUUCCCAGAAAAGUAUAUAAUGCAUGGCUUGAGCUACAGAGUAAUAGUGUUAAGUGGUAAAACCCUCAAGUGACCUUUUACUUAAAGCUGCUACAAUGUAUAUUCUCUGUCUAAUUUGUAUUAAUGUAUUUCUGUUUGGAUCAAAAGGGGAAUUAACAGUACAUCUUACUUGGGACCUUGUUCUGUACACCCCUUCUUUAUUGUCAAAAAAUACAAUAAUUAAUUAUAAUUAUGUAUAUUUUCUUUUAAACAGUAACUGAUUGAAGAUUGUACAGCUGUAGUUUGGGGUACACUGUACAUGUAUAAUCAAGCAUGCAAUCACAGUUAUGAACAUCUACAAAACAAUAAAUCAAUCUUCUGAAAAGUUUAUGUUCUAAAUAUUAACGUUGUUGAAAAUUACACCAUAAUUAACAGGGAAAGUCCUUCAAGAUUCACAAGAAAAUAAUGCAAGACUGAAAAAAGAAAUCGAGCAAUUAAAAUCAAGCUUGUUGCAAAAGGGUAUUGAUGCAGCACAAGCUGACCUUUCACUUUGCACAGUUAACGAUGACGACAACCAAAGCACAGUAGAAAAGCAGAGUGGUAGCUGUCAUUCAUCUUUGACAAGGUCGAGUGUUGGAAUUCAUGGUUAUAACAUCAAUGUAACAACUGUCUCUGGUCCCCAGUCAUUAUCUGCAGGAUAUCCAUCAUUAUUACCUGGAGAAUUUCAUAUAAAGGUACACUAAUAGUGUAAUGUUGAUUGAUCUGCCAAGAGAUUUGUUCUGCGGCAUUAAUGUUUAAAUGUGUUAUUGGUGGCCUCAAUAUAAUUUUAUUACCCUUAGGUUGGUGGUAUGUAUCCAGCUUAAAGGACCAUAAAAUUCAUAAGAAAUAAUAUUCAUAUUCAAUAACCAACGAGAAAAAAGCAAACAAAACUUACACCCUACAAACUUUGACUACAUGUACAAAGAGCAAAAACCACAGUGAUGGUCUUGAAUACCUACAUGCAUUGGAACAAGUUUGGGAAGGAAUGGAUCAGUUGCCACGUGUACUCCAGUCUCUUGGGUGGUGAUUGUCUUCUGCAUCGAGCCUGGGCCCAAACGUAGAAUAAGAUGGUGUCUUUUCCAACUGGAUUUCUUUCAAUUUAUAGAUAGAGAUUAAUUACCAGAAUUGAUCAUCCGUUCGACCUCAUCUGUUCAUAAAAUUAAUUUUCUACAUUUACUCAGGCCAUUCCUUUUCUAUAUAUUGGCUUGGCUAUCUGGUUCUCAUCUUUUUGCUUGCAAUAAUUUUUUUUGCAUGAGAGGUCACACGAUUAUUUUAUUUGUCAACCUAAUAUUUUACUGGGAAACUCACAAAACCGCGAACUUCAGAAAUAUUUCUGGAAUGUUAAUUACAGUGUUGUAAGGAAAGAGUUAAUUGGGCAUGUGAAAGCUAACCUACAAUCAGCGAUUAUCAUAGUAAUGAUUAGUUGGUGGUUUUGUGGCCAACUUGGAUGCCCUGGUGUUCCCUUUGAUUGGCCAUAACACAAAGAACAUUCUUAAAAUAUUUCAGAUUUUCAUGGUUUUAUUAGUUUGACAGUUAGGGUCUAUUGAUAUCAUAAAAAGUUUAAUAGUAUGUUUGUGUAAUUAUAAAUAUCUGUUAAUGCAUGGCACUUGUCAUGUGAUGACCAAGAAUAUCUUGCCAAGACACAAAGACGUCAUGUGGUGUUAUUGCUGGAAGAAAAAUUUAUGACUGAGGAUCGAUUUUCAAGUGCUGCAUUGACUUGUUCAUGUUCGUGUGUACAUAACAUUCCAUUUGUAAUGAUAACAAAUGAGAUGCCACCAAUGGAAAAUUAAUACUUCAAACUGGUUGUGCCCAUCUCUUGGUACAUAACAUUAUUUUAUUUCAACUAUCAACAUCCUGAAGAAGAUACAAGUUGCCCAUCCAUUUUACCGUAUAAUUUGUCCCACCCACUUUACAGUAGUGGGAAGGUGGGUCUUUCAGCAACUUUCUUGCUCGACAUGAAUGUGUAUUGUAGUGGGUUCCUUCCAAUUGCUUCCUUUUGAAACCACAUGAAAUUGUUUUUACCAAAGGAGAUCUAUACAGAGUUCCAGCACAUAAAUCAUGAAAUUGGUCAGCUUCUUAAAGAGGCAUAUACCUUGCAAGAGAAUGUGGAAAGACUUCCUGGUAACGACAGAGACACAGAGAUAAAGGGAAAGCUUGCAAGUCUUUACUCCAAGCUUAAUGAGUAUUCCAAACAGGCAAGAACGAGGGAGACACUGUCAAGUGCUUUGAUCUCGGAGGAGGAACAGUUAAGAACUAAGCUUGCAGCUAUGGAAGAGGAACAGGUUUGUUUUAAUAUUUCAUGUAUCUGUGUUUCCAGGCGACUUAAUUAAGGAUGGGAGGUAGGUGUCAAUCAAAGCUACUUAUACAGUUUGUCUCGCUUCUCCCAGGGUCAUGUUUGGGGCUGUCCACACUUGGUGUUGGGAACCAGUGCCUGGGUACCAACACAAAAUGGUGUUGUGUUCACACCUUGAGUAUCCAAUAUGUAACUGUGUGUACAUAGUUACUCCAUUUCGCCUAUCCAGACCCUAUUUUCCAGACCUGUCACGGCUUAACUGACAGACGACCAAUAACAUUGCGACGUAAUUAACCAAUCAGAUCAAUAACCAGAGUAUAAUACCAAGAACUGACGUGAUACAACUCACUCUAACUCUGAAGAGGACUACCGCACAUGUUGUUGAAACGUCAGUCACUGUCAAUAACAACAGUCCUAUUCAGGACUAUGUUCGUUACUAAUAUUAUUUAUUUAUUCACUCUUGAUCAGUCUUUGAUGUUUAUUUGUGUUUGUUUACCAAUAAUUAAACUGCUAGGCCUCUCAUGAAAAUGUCGUGCAAGAGCUGAAGGAGAAACUUGAUCAAAGCAAAGAAGAAAUUGGACAAAUUCAAAGUGAGCUUCAGUUAUUCCAAAAGACUACUGCAGUUAAAAGACAGCAUGAAACAACCACAGCAGCAGGCAGCAAACCUUCAUUUGUCUUUCCAGAACGAAGUCCAGCUGUCUCACUUGCAAAUGAGGUACAAUACAAUACAAAUAUACAAUACAGUAGUUUAUUAUUACCCACGUAUCAUCUAAUGAGCUAAACUGCUUGUUUACAAUAUGUAGGUACUAUAACUUCUGUUGGCUUUUCUCACCAUUGUAUUUCAAAUUUUUUAAUUUGAACACUACAUGUAGUUUGACACGAUUCAAUUCAAUGCAAUAGUUAUUCACUUGCCACACAUGUAAUUAAAUUAAAUUACGUUAAAUGAAAAGAGAAAAUCGAAGAUCAGGAUCAAGACCUCAAGAAACUGUCAAACUUGCACAAAAUAGUUCUUGCUGCUAUACCAUAAUUAUAUUAUAAGCCAACAGCUGAAUUAGAUUUGGAAAAUAAGUCUCGUUUUUGUACCACAUUCAACUACGGGGAAGGUCUGUUGUUACGUAUUAACCUUAAACAGGCUUCUUGUGCUGUGGAAUGCACAUAACUUGUUAAGUCAUGAUCACUGUUGCAAAUGGUCAAAUGAUAAUGCAGUUGUAUUUAGAAGCAGCUGAGGAUGGCAUUAAUUUUGUACAUAUAUUGUAAUUUAGGAUAAAAUUAUAUUGAUUGUUUUCUUUUUUUCUUUCCUCUUUUUUCCUAAAAAAGUCUUUCAUGUUGAAGUCACCACUAUCGCAACAAGGACCUGCACCUUGUGAGAGCUGUACACAACUGCAGCGCCAGCUUACUGAACUUCAGCGACAGCUAUUGCUAACAAAAGCUGAGAAGGAUGAAGCACUGAAGCUGAAGGAAGAGGUAAAAUAGACUACAACAGACUGAGUCACUUUGUGGAAUGUAGAAUCUAAGAAAUUCCAGCUUACAAUGAUUAUUUUGACUGGAUUGAUAAUAAGUUAUUGAAACGUUGAAUGACGACAGACUGAUCUGAUCUGACUAACAGCUAACUCUAAAUAUGUCCACUAUUGAGUCUCGUCAUGGCGGAGAUUUACUUAACCCUUUAAGCUCCAAUAUCAAUAUACAAUUUCUCCAAACUGAUCUCUAUACAUUUCCUUACAGAAUGAGUAAAAAGAAUCUGAUAAAAGAUCAAAGCGUUUCCCUUUGGUGAUCAUUUUAUUCAUUCUCAUAACCUAAUCUCAUUACAAAGUAUGGAUAUCGUUAGGAGAAAAUUGAUUUUGGUCACCAUUGGGACUUAAAGGGUUAAUUGCUGUUACUAGAUUUUAUUGACUAACUGGCCAGCAGACUGAAACAAAAUAGGUCAUUUUUGUUCAGAACAAAAACUAUGAUGAACACUUCUGAAAACUCGUCGGUUUGCUUAGUAGAAUUUUAACUUAAACUUGUAGAGUCAAACUGUGUUCUGUUAUUCUUCAAAAGAUUCUUGACGUAAAUCAUAAGUGGGAUGAACAGUACAAGUUGCUGGUGGCAGCCAAUAGCAAAGAAAUUGGUGAUCUGAGGCAGCAAAUUCAAGUUCUAAGCUCUGCUGGUAGAAGACCUGGUCAGUUUCCAGAACCUGCCAUGAUGGAAAAUAGGGUAAGUGUUACAUUGUAAAGGAAGGGUGGAGCUCUAAGGUGUGACAGCUUUUUACUAGAAUUUCACCCGAUAAAAGCUCAUGACAUUUGCAAGUUCAGGCUGGUUUCCAAAUAAUGAUAAUGUUAUCACUGCCAUCACUGAAAAAAGAGUUUAGGGGUUAAAGUGGUAUGUAUACAAACAAUAAUUCUUCAGUGAUCAGUUAUCAUGUGUUUUUGUGUGAUAAAUGUAAACCUUGUUGUUUUAUGCCUUGUUACUAUUCUAGGUGCUGGAUCAGCGCUGCAAGCAACUGGAAAGUGAGCUUCAGCAGAAACAGCUUGAGAUAAACAGCCUGCAGUUACAGAUGAGGAACCAUUCUUUGGUAAUAGUCUCAGUAGAUACAUUUAUGAUAUAAGUAUUAUCAAGCCCAUACUAUACCAAAAUGUUAUUUUGUUCCUUUCUUCGUUCAGAAGAACUGCUUAUAAUAAAAUAAGACAGUAAGGAUUCUACUCUAUUUGGAGUCAAAAAGCUCUAAACCUAUGAAAUCCAUUGGUGACAUACAAAUUUUCUUGGCUGAUCUCCACACCUUUCCUUAAAGAUUUAGUUGAUAUAAUUUUACUUAAAGAUCAAAGCAUUUUCGGGCUUAGGUGAUCGUUUCAUAAUUCUCGUACUCUUUCCUCUUGAUUAUGUUUUAUUGUCAUUACGAGAGAUGUUAUUCACUCUAAGUACUUAGACAGUUAGCUUUGGUACAUUACUUAAGGGCAGUGUAAGUAAGUUCGCACAGGGUUGUCAAAAGUAGCUGGCUGCCGGCGAAAAUCGCCGCCUACUUGGUUAGUGUCGGCCGGCUACUCUGCUUGGCGUUUCUUUACGGAUGGUGUUUUUUAAAUAAAAUAUCACUGGACUUUAUAGACUUUGACAACCAGGCUGUCUACUUCAAAACUUUCUGACAACCCUGUGGCAUCAGCGGAGAAGAUAUUUUCAUGAUAUUUUCUUCCAUAAAUUGUUGUUAACUUUUAUUAAAAGACAGCAGUGGCACCAUGCAUGCAUGGACACCUGUGGGCUGUGGUUAACUAGAAAUGGGAAUGAUGACAUUUUGUUCUUUCUUCUGAUUUAACCAUUGUAGUACCAGCAGCCUCCAGCACGCCAGAACUCCUCUAUGGAACCUCCAUCUUCACAUCCCUCUCUGAUGGGUGCAGCUGCCUUGCCAACUGGAGCUUCUGCCACAGCACCUACCACUGGCCCACCCUCCUGGCCUGGGACCACACCCUACAACCAGAAUAUCCCCCCAGAGGUGAUCGAUCAGAUUGAAGUGCUGAAACAGCAGCUGAGAGUUUAUGCUGAUGACUUUGCUACUGAAAGAGAAGAUCGCGAACGUAACCAAGCAGAGAAGGAAAAAAUGCGAGAUGAACUUACAGCUGUUAAAGAACAAGUUCAGGCUCUUGAACAGCAAGUAAGUUUUGUCUAUAAAUUUAGACCUUGCGUAAAGGCUUUGAUGGUCAUUGUGAUGAAUAGGCAAACAUUUGAAAUAACGGUAACAAAUUCUUACCAUACAUUGGAAGUGUAUUGUACACAACAACAUUACAAACAUGUCACAAAACUGUUCCUGGGUGCAGGAGUUAGGAUUCAACAUCUCAGCUGCACUACUCACUUGGAUAGACUACAGUUCAGCUUUUCACACAAUUUUUUCUGUUGCAGGAAUUAGUAGCUUGAUACAACAUCUCAACAUGUCAUGGAUUUUCUGUAUAAAAUAAUUAUUGUUUAUGACUUUAAGAAAUGUUAUUUCUGAAAUGUUGGCUUUUUCGUCACAGUGACCUCUUAAACCUGGCAAGGUCUAUAGCAGAGGCACAAGAAAGUUCAAGUAUACUAUAGAUAUCAUUUUACAGGAUGAAAAAAAAACUGUGAAAAGAGAAUUAUGCUUUGGUGCAACUUCAGUGCACUGUAUUGAAAAAAGAUUCUCAGGUGUGGUACUUUCGCCACUAUCCCAGCUGAAAUUUACAGAAAUCUCUUUAGAUUGUCCUUAUUGUGUUGAAAAAAAUAAUACAUUUACCCAGAUUCAACAUGCUGUCAUCAUUAUUUUCAGUUCUAUUAUUCUUAAAACAAAUCAAGUAAAGUUAAUUGUUUAAAAAUGACCCUUCUUGUAUAAAAACUUGCAGAAUAACCAAAUGCCGCCAUAGUGUAUUGAGGUUGCACCAAAGUUCAGAGUAAGAAUUAAGUUCUGAUGACAUUAUUGUGAAGUGUCUCUGCUCUGACAUACAUAUACAUGAAUUACAAUUGUUUCUUCAGUCACUGUCAGUCAUUGUCGAAGCCAUCUGAGCAACUCUUCCGGUAGGCUCUGACACUUCAUUAAACUGAGUAGCCCUGGCCACUGAGUUAGUACUGACAUUGUACAACAGCGUGUCCUUAUGGACCAGCGUACCAGGCUGCUGUCGACCAACAUCUCUUUGGUAGGUUCGGUAUCACAACAAUGUGGAGUACAUGUACAUAGCAAGCACAGGUGGCCAGAGUGUUUGAUGGUGGCAGUUUUUUUCCCUAAUCUCUUUGAAAAGUGGGAGAACCAAGGCACAUUUUUUGUGCUUUAGUGACGGAUGUUACAUCAUGACAUCUCAGUUAUGUGCCCAGCCAUCUUGUAACCUUGCCUCAACCUUAGUCUGCACCAAUAAUCCCAUCAUCUCUUCAUGGAGCCCCCGUGGUGACCAAGAGGUGAACAGGUUGGACUUGGAUCCAUAGGUCUGGGUUUGAACCUUGCCAUCGCUUGGUUUCCUUAGGCAAGAAACUUUGCUCCACUAUGUCUCUCUUCACCCAGGUGUGUAAAUGGGUACCAGCAGCGUACUGCUGGGAGUCACCCCCUGCAAUGGACUGGCAUCCUGUCCAGAGGGGAGUCACUCUACUUGCUGGUGCUUCAUGGCACAGAAACUGGAACAAUCUCCAGUGAUGUGAGCUCCAUGGCUUAAAGUGCACCUUCACCUUUUCAUAUCAGUAUUUCUCUUCUGUUGGAUGUUGUUAUGAACAUAAGUGGGCACAUAAGUGUGGUCUUUUGAUGUAGCAUGCCAUACUUUACAUGUUACUUUCAACAUUUGAACAAUGUGAAUUCAAUUGGGCAUGUCUUUACAUCAUUUUUCUAAGGCUUAAUCACAGACUUGGCUUCCUUAGUUUAGACACCUUAAUUAUGUUGUUUGUGUGUGAAGUUUCUCUAAUAUUCAUUUUAUCAUCCUUCUUCCUUAAAUUACUUUACAUGUAUAAAAAUCUUAUAUUAUUAAAUUAAUUUUUGACUCUGUCCCAAGAGCCAGAGAUUAAACCAGUAAUUGGUCGAUUACAAUACUAGAUAACAGUAAUAUUUUCUUAUUUCACUGCUCUGUUUUCUUUAUUCUUUAGUGAUUAAUAAACAGCUAUAAGCUCUGUGGUAAAACUCUGUUUUCUGUGUAUAUAUAAUAAUUAUGCAAAUUACUGUUUGUGUGUGUCAGCUUUUAAUUAUUUAAUCAUAACAUUGCACUCGAAGUCAAGUUCACAUAGAAAAAAACAGUUACACUAUAUGUUAAAAAUGUUUCUUCUUGUUUUUUGUUUGUUUUUUAAACACAGGUUCAAGUAUAUGAAGAAGAUUUCAAAAGGGAAAAGAGAGAAAAGGAAAGCUUACAGCAGCAGUUAAGGGCAGCUAGCUACAGUACUGGGGUAAGCUAUUAAAAUCAUGACUGACACCAGUUUAAGCCAGAUGAAAUGAUGGGAAAGAUAAUGCAAUAAUUUCACACCACUUCCAUUUAUCACGUCCCGGUGAGAAGGAAACCCCAAAUGUUUUGUUACAUUUUAAUUUCAAUCUAAGAAGUCAACAGCAACUUUUCAUUGUCAAAAAUUUUACAGAUUAUAGAAUUGAUGUUAUAAAGCAAGGGUUCAAAACUCAAGUAGAACUUAGUUUCAUUUCGAAGCUGGAAUCUUGUGGUCAAAUCAUUCAUCUUUUACAAUAAUACUCAAUGGUCCAUGGUGAGGUCUUGAGAGUGCAGAACACAGAGACAAAAUAUUAAGCCAUCUGUUGGCAAUACUCUUUCAGCAAGUGUGCAGGAGUUUCCAGCAUUAGUGUAAACACUUUGUAAGUUUUGUCUUUAAGAGGAGCUUUCUCCCUUGUAGUAAUCCAAAAGUGUAAUAAAAUUGUAUUAAUUGAUCAGGGUGGCUAUCAAUACCAAGACCCAUUGACUGAAAGAGCCAGAGCUAUAGCCGAACAGAGAGCUAGGGUGCAAGCUAUUAAAGAGGUACAUGACAGGGAGAGAGACAGAUUACUGAGAGGACAACAAGAGCUGCAGCAACAUGUGUAUGGACAGCAGUUAGGGGUAAGUAUUGCUUACUGUAAGACAUCUACACCUACACCUACACGUUACAAGAUACUAGUCAGGACCGCUUGCUACUACUCUAACUGCUUAUGCUAUUGGACGUCACAUCUUUGACCACACAGCGGAAACGAUCUCUGUCAAGUGCCUAGCUUUAAACUUCUUUUAGCGACGUGUCAAAAACAUCCCAUGUGCCCCUUUCCCAUUUCCUUCUCAGUCUUCCUCUUUCUCUUUUCCCAUCUAUCCUCUUUAUCUAUUAUCUUUUCCAAGUCCUCACUUCUUCUUAAGUGGCCAAAAUACUUCAGCUUUUGUUUCUUUAUAAAGUCCUCUAACCAUUUAUCUUCUACUUUGAGUUCCUCCCUAACUGACUUAUUUUCUCUGUGCUCUGCUUGCAAGUGACAUAAAAGUCCAGUCACUUUCACACAGCAGUUGAGAUGGCUUAAAACUUCUUAGAUAUGUUUUCUGAAUGAGUGUGGCGUCUCUUGUUUCCCUUUUAACCCUUUAAGUCCCAAUAGUGACCAACAGCAAUUUUCUCCUAACAAUGUCCAUACAUUGUCAAGAGAUAAGGUUGUGAGAAUAUAAAAAACGAUCACGAAAGAGAAAAUGCCUUGAUGUUUUAUUAAAUUCUCUCAACCAGUUCUUAAAGGAAAUGUAUGGCGAUCAGUUUGGAGAAUUUGUAUGUGGAUACUAGGGCUUAAAGGGUUACAUGUAGUUCGUAAGCCAGUGCCUUGUGUAGAAGAAGGAUAUACCUGUAGUGGUUUGUUAUUAUAGACCUUUAGAUUUGAGGACGAGUUUGACAUAAUUUAUGAGUACAAGGUUCGACUAACAGCUUUUUUCGCAUUCUUAAAAAAAUAACAGACUCCCAGAAAAGCUUCAUUUUACUUUUUUUCAACAGAAAAGUUAACACGGUUAUUUUUAUUGAAGGAGGUUAAGCCCUCUCCUGAUUGCAAAGUGAUAACACCUCUAACAUUUAAAACCUGUUUCCAUCACUAUGACUACUAUGGCAUUCUUGCAAAAACCGUAAUAGAAUGAUGACAGCUAUCACGUUUUCCCUAAAUGAUCUGGUUCUCGCGUGCGCAUUCUUAAGUACUGUGAAAAUCUCGUCACAUUCGUCCUCGUCGGAGAAUCAUAAGGUCUCUUGACUUUUCUGAGUGUUUGAUUGAUUGUAUUAUUAAUUUUUUAUCAAUGCCAGCCAUACUCUCGUAACCAGUACAAUCCUUAUGGGCGUGACUACACAACUCAAGAUUGGUCACGGCAAAAUCAUCCUCUGGUGCCAAGGGUAAGGAGAAUUCUAUUUAUUUUUUCAGUUAGCCAUAUUAGAUUUUACUGUAAGUCCCAUGUUAUCGAUCUCCUGUUACAGGCUCCAAGAUAGUUAUAUGCAGGGAUCUUGAAAACUGAUGCGAAAAACGCGCGGAGGCUAGCAAGGUUCGUACAGGCCAUGGAAAACCUGGAAAGUCGUGGAAUUUAAGACUUUAGUUUUCAAGGCCUGGAAAGUCAUGGAAUUUAAUUUUCGGCCCUUGAAAGUCAUGGAAAACUAGAAAAGGUCAUGGAUAAAGUCAUGGAAACCCAUGGAAAGUCAUGGAAUUUGAAGAACUUGAAAGAGUACGAACCCUGGCCAGGGAGAGAGGCAGCCUGGUACAGGCUGUGUUAUUGAGUACAAAUUGUUGUUUGCCAAAGCUGUUUUUAAACAAUAUAAUAUUAGGGAGAAUAUUGAUGUUGGUCAUUGGAAUUGAAAUCGGUUGAUACAUAAAUUAAUCACAAUAUUCGGCAAGGUAGAUGAAGGAAACCUAAACGUAUAAACAGUGUACAAAGCUGUCGUAAACGACUUUAUCCUGUUUAGGAUAGCUCUGUUGAUGGUCGCUUUGUGAACAUCUUAUAUGAACUACACUCUAUUAUAUUAUCUAUGCCUUAACACCUUCCCUUAAGCAGCCGCGGACACAUUUAAAGGGAACGAUGUAGGUUUUUUUUAGGUCUUUAAGCUCCUUUUAGCAGACACAGCAAGGUAAAAAUCUCAUUGUUUGUCCUCUAUUCAACAACAAACAUCUCACUGUUUUUUGGUUCAUGCAUAGUACAAUGAUGACUUUCGUGCGCAAGCUCCCGUAAGCUUCCAUGCAUCCCGUAUGCGGGCCUCCACGCAUCCCGUAAGCUCCCACGCGUCCCUUAUGCUUCCAAUGGCCACUUGUAAGGGACAUCUGAAAAAAUUUUCACUAAAAAAUCGCUUACCUGUUGUUCUUUCAUCGCAUCCUUGCCCGAAAAAUGUACAAAUGGUGAAUUCGUUUUUGGAUUCAAAGAUCUGCCUCUGGAUUUUCCUCAAAAAAUUCACCUCAAAAACUUAACCAUUUUCCGCUGCUAAGGUUUCUGCUUCCAUUCUUUAUUGUUAUUCAGGGAUCAUAUCCUACCCGUGGGCCAGUCUCACAGCCAUCAAACCAAAGAUCCAGUGCGGCACAGUCUAUGUACCAUGGCGGUGAGGUGCUUCCCGAUACAGUGGAAGAUGUCGUUGAUUCACCAGCCGCUGCCGCCGCCGCUGGUAAUGCCGUCACUGAUGAUGCACAAAUCAGUUUUGACCAUGAUAAAGAUGAGACAAUUCAGCUGGAUGAAUGCCCACGUUGUCUGAGAAAGUUUAAUGGCGAAGACAGCGACACCAUUCUCAAACACAUUGAAAGGUGUAUUUCAUAAGCAGUGUCUACCCCUGCUUAUUCAGUUUUUGCCGUGCAUAUUUCCCUGAUUCUCCAAUCUUGAUUGAAGAGUUUGAGUUCUUCACGGAUGCGCACAAUAGCUAGCCAUCCUGUAUUUGCAAGGUUAUAAUACUGCAGGGGUAUUUUUAACAAGCAUACGCAGCGUAGUUGUAGAUUGAAGCUACGCGUUUGUGUUCUUUCACCUGCAGAAAUACAUGCACUGAGUAAUAUGAUUUUUCGUUAGUUAUCUUAUAUAUCCCUGCAUGCUAGAUAAUUAAUCAACAGAAAAAAAUAUGUGUGUGGUUGUAGAUUUUAGUUUUAGAUAGGUUGUUGUAUGUUAAGAGAAGAAACCUGGCAGAGAGACUUGAGAAACAUUCCGAUAUAAUUAUUGCCUUUCUGCCAGCUCUUAGGCGACACGGAAUUUUCUGCUGGUUUUCCUCCCGCGGUGUUUUGUUUCCAUGGGUAAAUUCGUGUUUAAGCUCUUCUAACUACCAAAGAUGAGUUACAAAGCUUCAAAAAUUAAAUCCUGUCAUUUUGGGUCCUUCACAGAGGCAAACAGUCCGCAUUAGCAUGCUGGCGUUUGAAUGAAUACUAUUGGGACAUGAGGCCUCAAUGGCUAUAGGCCGUUAAAGGUCUGAUUGCUCUUUACUCCCGUAACAUAGAGCAAGAAAACGCGCCAGGUCAGAGAUCCCUCUGCAAGACUUUCAGUCAACUGCGCGGACUUCAAGCCGCGGAUUCGUUUGCAGGCAGCACCCAGUUAAUACCGUGCUUCCUUACAUGACCGGCUCCACGAGCGGGCAAGAUGAAACGAAACUUGUAUUCUGAGUGGCUACCCGAGUUGGUAAGAUGGGUCUAUCUUGCUUGUUCGUGACUUCCCGUUACUGUGGCCAUAAAAUCAAUCCUUUAUUUACCGAAUUUGCUCAGUCGCAUGCAAUACUAUAUUAAUUUACUGAAAAAAUAAGUACAAAGUUUGAAGUACAAAACAUAAUUAAUAACUAACUCCUUACGUACAGUGGAGCAGUUUACAGAGUGGCCAGAAACAUCCGUGCAAAUACUGAAAGCGGCUUGUCCGUUAAUAAUGACAUGUGUUAGAUAUUGAUAAUCGUGAAAAGUAACAGCAUAUUGAGAAGUGUAGCCUGCGUAGGAGGCGCCCGAAAGGGAAAGGGUUGAAACCGCAGGCUAAUCAACACACACAAAUGAAAAACCGAGAAAGACGUUGAAUUUUAAACAAAGAAACAAACGAUUUUUUUGUUUUUUGAAGAAGUCAAACCCCAGUUGCCAGAGGCAGGCGAAUAUUGUCCUGUUAUUGGCUUUUUUAACAGUUAGUACGAGCCGGGAUAUUGAACCUUACGUCUAAUUCUGAAAUAUCCCCACGUAUUACCUGUUCAGUCACCGUAUUUUUUUGAGUAUAAGUAUUACAUAUUAUCCAAAAAGCAUAGAAAAAACGUUUAAAAAAAUAAAAAAAGGACUUAAAAAAAACACGAAAAAAUAAGCGAAAAACAAAAAGACAACGAAGAAAAAAAAAGUAGAUUGUGUCUUCAGCACGAAUAGACAACGAUAAUGUAGAUUGUAAAGUUAGCAAAGUUCAAUCGAGUAACCGUAUUUAAUCUAUACCUACAUUUUCGGUAAAGUUAAAUGCACUUGUUUUAGCUAUGGAUAGCAUUUACUUCACAAAGUUUUUUCAGUGUGAAAAUUGUCUGAGUUAGUGAAUUUGAAGUUGAAAUUACUUCAACUUUAGAUGUGUCGUGGUAGAAUAUGUUAUGUUAUACAACUAUUACCUUUCCAAAACGAAUCCUGUGGAAGCCUUAUAAGGCAAUUCAAUUAGCUUUGAAUGCAGCUAUGCGUUAAAAAUUGUGUUAUUCCGUCAUGAACGUUUUUAAUUAAAAGAUCAAUCAUGGUUUUUUUUGGCUUGUCGUGGACGUAGGCAAAGCCAAUCGAGAUUUCUGAUACAGUGAGGUAUUGGUACCAGAGCUGUUCGUUCGUUGCUUUUUGGGCCAGUUACUAUUUCAAAACUAAGUUUUAGCUGUUUGAAAAUGCUGUGUAACCUUGCAAGUUAUACACUAGCUUUUUGUGAUAAAAUUUAAACCCGUUUUUUCCAGUUUACUGUUUAAGGAUCGCAAGUUUGAUAAAGCGUAUUUUGCAAUAUGGGCUCAAAGACAGACGACUGCAAGUCCAUGACUUAAGUAUCUUCUGGGAAUAGGAAGUCUAUUAUCAAGUCGUUUCAGUAGCUUGUUACUGUCUUGUCCGACUUUAUUGCAAUGAUUUAACCAUACCCUAGGGGCGUUUAUAUUAUCUGUUUAUAUCGUAACAGUGGUGCAAUAUUGUUAAGUCAUAAGGAUAGUCCGUUUUACUGUAUUUUUUCUGCGUGUAUAUCAAUGGCUUAAGGCUAAGAAUACCCCUACCUUGCCGUAGCUUUUUUCUCCUGAAUAAUUAGUGUCAGAGAAAGGGCCUAAUAAUUGUGUUACUUAUUUAAUUUUUUAGUAGCCCACAACCCCUCGCUGAAAAUCAUCACCCUUCGAAGGGGUCUGCGAAGGAGUUAGCCUCACGGGCAUCUCAGCUAACAUUAAUUUUUAUUAUUGUUGUACACCGUAAAAAUGAUUGAAAACAAGUAAAGUUCAGUUGCUUUUCGUCAAUUCCGCUGUCUUAUUUUUUCGUCAAGUUACUUUUGUUCAGAUCCUCUCCAGAUGAGAAUGUUUUGUGUUGGUGUGUUGGGGUGUGUUUAUCCAAGGAUAUAUGGCUGCCACUAAAGCCUAUAUAUUAUGAGUAUAUAGCAGUAAUCUUGUGAGUUCUUAGUUCAAGCCGAUUUCAUGGCUGAAAGAUGACUCUCAAGAGGGAGAGUUCGGCUCUGUCCAGAAAGGGUGUUAUAAAUAUUAAUUCGUUUUAAUUUGUAAACAGG